AUGCUAUUCAAGUCCUUCUCAAGGCACCAUGCGUCUCUCGCUAAAACGCUUUUCGCAGCCUCAAACUCAUCCCAUCACCAUCAUCAUCAUCACAAUAGCUCUCACAAUGGCUCUUCGUUCUUCGUCACUACCUCCCAGCUUAAGCGUCAGCAAUCUCAGCUUGCUAUUCGUACUUCCAUCAGAUCAGACCGAAAAUCUGGUAAAAGCUACCGACCAGGAACUGACUCAAACCCUCACGCUUAUGCCUGCUUAGGUGGUAAUGCUUCUGCCUAUUCUACUUUAUCCCCUCUAACAACCCUUGACGAUGACAAGCGCAGAGAAGCUGCUGCAUCUAUCGCCAUUGUCCGCCAUAGCAGACAGCGUAGAUCUUCCACUGGUGGAAUUUUUUACACAGAACCUUUUUUCUUGACUUCUGAUUCUACUAUUAAUGCUAAUUCUUCCUCUUCUUCUUCCUCCGCGGCCUUUUCUCUUCAUCAACAAUCUUCUUCUUCUUCUUCUUCUUCUUCUUCUUCUUCUUUGGUCUUGACUUCUGGAAUCCGCUCAAGAAAUUUGGUCCCUUCAUCUACAAGACGUCGCAGAUACUCAACCUCAGUCUGCUCAUCAAUCAUCACCGUUCCGGCUGGCCCGAUUCAACCGUCACGCAUCAGUAACAGCAACAACCGUAACAAUACACACCGCUUAGUCCUUAAUCACAGACCUCAACAUAGAACUGUAGGACCCUCCAGCGCCCACAUCAACCACCAUCAUAAUCAUCACCAUUAUCAUCAUAUAACAUAUCCUAAACAUGCAUCUAAUUUCUCCUCUUCCACUCUUGCUAACAAAAUCUCACCGCUGGACCCGGAUGAGACUCAGCCAAAUCAGGCCUCUGCAGAUCUUCAUCUCUCAAAUGCCUUGUCCCUUAAAAAAUCUAGUCAAGUCCUUACGGCUGAUCAGCAAGAUAUAACAACAUCAAAUGCCACAACUAUAACAACAUCCCUCCCCCCAUCACCUCCAGUUGAUGCUGUUCCUCCUCAUCAUCCAUCUUUUCUUUUCACAGACGUUGAAACUGCAAUUCUUGCAGAUUCUUAUGAUACCCUUCUUGGCGUCUUUCAAAAACACACCUCGGACCCUAAUUUGGUCCCAGAUACUCCAGCUGUUGAGUACCUUCUCUCUUACCUCGCAACAAAGCCCCCAUCUUCUUCAAACGCGGUGGCUGCUCUCGAAGUUUAUUCUCUCGCUUUAACUCGCGGAACUACCCCAUCUACACCCAUAUAUUCUUCCAUCCUCUCUAUCCUCCUGGACACUGCUGAUAUUCUCUCAGCCCAAGAAUCUUCCUUCCUUUACACCCGCAUUUCUGCACGCCACGCUCCCACCCACCGUCGUCGUAACUCGCCACCUACUCUUCUCCCUUCCGUGAAUGCUACUCUAGACCAGUUUAAAUCAGCUGCCAAGUUUGCAAAACUCGCCCUCGACAUUUUUUCCGCAUCCAACACUGUUACCAACCAGAGCUACUCUCGUGAACUUUAUGACCACCUCCUCAGCUCAUGUGUCCGUUACCACCUUGAGGACAAGCUCUACUCUGUAAUUCGCGCUUACGAAUCUAAAAACUACAACCUCACCCCUCAAUCUUAUGAGCUCUUAAUCAAGGGUUAUGGUAACUAUGGCGAUGCCACUGCCGUCAUUGAAUGCUAUCGGUUCUACAAGUACAAUGCUUUCAGAUUUGAAGACAAGCGCGAAAUGCACGUUUAUGCUGCUCUCAUCACUGCCCUCUUCCAAAAUGACUGCGUUGCUCCUGCCCUAACCUUUUUCAAGCAGCUUUUAGAUUCUCGUGCUUCCUUCUCCUCUCGCUCAGAAGCUUCAGCUUUCAUCAAGUCUCUUGGUCCUGUCCUUUCCGCUAUUGUUCGCGGCUUUGCUAACAAUGGUGAUCUCAAAUCCUGCUGGACUUGGAUUCAAAAAGUUGAGGCUGAUCUCCAGUUCCCUGCCGUUGAUAUCCCGGCCCUAGUCGACUCGAUGUCAAAAGCUUGUGAUGCAAACAAAAUCAAGUUUGCCGAAAAGCUUUUUGACUACAUGGCCUCUCGCAAAGAUUCCGCUACUACCCCUGAGUUUAACACAUCUCGCUGUGAUAUUUUGGCUCUUGCUGUUCGUGCAAACACCCCUAAUCUUCUUAUGAAGCUCAUCAAAGAGUCUCAAGUCCGUGCUGGUGUUUGGGACAUUUCCACUCUUAUGGUUGUCUCCAGGUAUCUUAUACUUAUUGGUGAUGCCGAGCUCGCUAUCAAGGUCUUUAACCAACAAAGUUUCCGCUUGUCUCAGCAGCCUGAUUUCCAGGAUGCUCAAGCUACCGAGGCCUUUGCCGGUAUCUUAAACUCUCUUCUUAAGCAUGAUAUGCUUAACGUCAAAACAGCUCUUGAGCUUUCUAGAUCAGUCUUCUUUGGUCCUCGUUCAUUCUUUGACAACAAGGGUGGCCAAACAAUCUUAAAAACACUCUGGGAUAACUCUGUCGAUACCAUCCGCGCCGAUUUCCCCCUCAUAGACUCUUACAUUAUUUCUCUCCACCUUGUUUGGAUCGAUGCUUGCUCAGCUGACAAUUCCCUCGGCGGCCUUUCUAUUCCUUACCCACUCUUUGAUGAUCUCAAAGAAAACUUUGCCAAGUUUGUCCGUGCUCUGAUCAAUCAGAAAAAAGAGUUCCCCGUUCUUGGCUCAGAUUUCACUGGUGAUGUGUCCAAAGCUCUUAGUCUGCUUGGCGAUAAUGACACCAAGUGGCUAUGGCAACAGUUUUGUGAAACAAUCACUUCUCCUAAACCUUCCACUGCCGAGACUGCUACUGCCACAUCUGCAAGCCUUCCAUUUGAUGUUGAGCGUACUUCUGCCAUUGCUCUUGCAGCACAGUCUUCAACUACCCUCAUCAAGGCCCUUGAUGACCUUGAAGCUGCAGCUGCUGAGCAUAUCCUCAUUGGCCCUGAAGCUUACAUUGCUUUGAUUGAAAAUGCAGCUCUUGCUCGCUCCGCUGCAAUUAUCCAAAGCGUUUACAAAUGCGCAUUGACUGCGCUCCCACAUCCUUCAGAGCAUGUUGACGCUUGGGCUGCUUGGAAUAUGCUGCACCGCGCCAUUGUGGCUCGUGCUGCUGGUCUCGACACGGGACUUGCACGCGCCGCUUAUGCUCACCUUUUGGAAAUGGGCUCUUUCCCCUGCGUUUCUGGUUAUGCGCAGCUUAUUGCACGCGCUCCUAAGACUGCAGACUGUGCUGAUGAGCUUGCGCUUUUUGCCGAGGCCGCUGGCCGCCACGGCCUGGCGCUCAACACUGACAUUUACAAUGCCCUCAUGGGAAAACUCGCCCGCACCCCAUCUGAAGCUAAUCUGGCCCGUGUUAAGGAACUUUACAAGGACAUGGACGCUACUGGAGUCCGUAAAGAUGCUGCUUCCUAUGAAAUCGUGAUCCGUGCGUGUUGCCGCGCCGGUGACUUGGUUUCAGCCGAAUCUUGUCUAGAUGAUAUGAUGGCCUCUCCAUACCUCCAAGGCCCUACUCUUGCCCCCUUUAACGACAUGCUUGCUCAUUACGUCUAUACUACUCGUGAUCGCACUGCCGCUAUGAAUGUUUAUGAGCGACUCUUAGCCACCAGCCUUACUCCUUCCGAGCUUACUUACCGUCUUGUCAUUGACGCGCACACAAUGAUUGCUCCCGUUGAUCUCGACGCUGCUGACCGCGUUCUGCUUUCCAUUGUAGGCGCCAAGCGUGCUGUUUCUACUAAACAUUAUGCUUCGCUCAUCUUUGGUCGCGGUGUUGGUUUACGUGAUCCAGUAGCUGCUGAAGAGUUUUACGAUGCUCUCGUCGCCCACAAUCGUGUACGUCCCGAUAAGCAUAUUUUCCAUGCUCUUCUUGAGGCUCUUGUUGUUUCAGGCGCCGUGUCUCGUACAACCCGUGUCCUUCGUGAAAUGGUCAAGUACGGCGUUGAUCUCGACGACUCUUAUGCUGCCAACUUGCUUAUCCGUGGAUGGGCUCCUGUCAACAUUAUCAAAGCUAUAGGGCUCUUUGAGCACGCUCUUACCACCGGCAUUGCUGAUGAGAGCACAUAUGAAUCUCUUUUCCGUGCUCAUCUUUUCCAUGCAGAUUUCGCAGCUGCUGCUUCAGUCCUUGACGGUCUCGCUGGAGCUGUCGGCCAUCCUACCAGCGAGCUCGACCAAUUGCGUGCCCUUCUUGCCCAAUUCUCGGCUGCACCUGUUAACUUUGAAAAACGCAUGCAAAUGCUUUUCGAAGGUAUUUACCCUAACGGCGCUCCGCGCAGCGCUGAUGCUGUGGCCGUGGCCAUUGCGGGCCCGCAGCGCGGGCGCGUCAUUGCUCCGUCCUCCUCUUCGAUCUCACUAUCCACUCAGUCACCUCUUUUCACACCAUCUCCUAUUUCUCCAUCACUCGUUGACUAUUAA